GGGUUGCCCACCUAUCAUACGAUGUCAAGCUAGAAGCAGCAUUCAGACCGGAUGAGUCUCUUAGAUGGGAUUGUGGGGAGUGUCGACUUGAAACAGCCUCAACCCAGCAUGGAGAGCAGAAUGAAGGAACUGCGUAGUCUUCAUGUGAAUGUCGUCAUCUGGCUGGUCAUCGGGCCAGCACUUCCUCGGCUCGCAGUGGAUGCGCCGAGCAGCACCACGACCAUUAAAUAGAUCGCAGACGCCGCUGCUGUAUCAUGUACUCCGUACUCCGUGCUCCGAAGCUAUCCAUCAGCAAUCAGCAAUCAGCAAUCAGCACUUGUUCUGGCGCCAGUCGCUCAGCCCAUCCGGGAUUUAUCUGUUUCGGUCUUGAGCCCCUCCGGUGAACGCAAGCAGCAGUCUGAGGUGGUGUGACCUCCAUCAUGUCGCCCCUUUCUCCACCUACUUCUACCUCGUCGUCUGCUGCUUCUGCUGCUUCCUCCAUCUCUGCUUCUCUUGCAUCCUCUGCCACCUCCCGUCUUGCUUCCUUGUCCGCGCACAUCAUGGGAUCCGCCAGCCCGUCCGUCUUUUCCACGGCCAUUGUGCCCGCCGCGCCAGAGGAUCCCCUCUUCGGUCUGGCCACGGCCUAUCGUCAGGAUCCGUCCGACAAGAAGGUUGAUCUGGUCAUUGGAGCGUACCGCGAUGACAACGCCAAACCGUGGAUUCUGCCCGUUGUCAAGAAGGCCGACGAGCUUGUUCGCAACGACCCCGCCUUGAACCAUGAAUACCUCCCCAUCAAAGGUCUGGCCGACUACACCAGCGCCGCGCAGAAACUGAUGAUCGGGGCGGACAGCUCCGCCAUUCGCGAGAACCGCGUCUGCACCUUCCAAACCAUCUCCGGCACCGGCGCCGUCCACCUGGGCGCUCUCUUCCUCUCCAAAUUCCACCCCGCAUCCCCCAAACCCACCACCUACCUCUCCAACCCCACCUGGGCCAACCACCACCAAAUUUUCACCAACGUCAACCUCCCCAUAACCACCUACCCCUACUUCAACCCCAGCACCAAAGGUCUCGAUUUCCCCGGCCUGACCUCCGCCCUCUCCUCCGCCCCCACCGGCUCCAUCAUCCUCCUCCACGUCUGCGCCCACAACCCCACCGGCGUCGACCUCACCCAAGACCAAUGGAAAGAAGUCGCCUCCAUCAUGCGCGCCCGCUCCCUCUUCCCCUUCUUCGACUGCGCCUACCAAGGCUUCGCCUCCGGCGACCUCGCCCGUGACGCCUGGGCCGUACGGUACUUCAUCGAGCAGGGCUUCGAACUCUGCAUUGCGCAAUCCUUCGCCAAGAACUUCGGUCUGUACGGUCAGCGCACGGGCGCGUUCCAUUUCGUGUCGGCCCCCGGUGCGGAAGCAACUGCGUCGAAUGCGAAUGUGGCGUCCCAAUUGGCCAUUCUGCAGAGAAGUGAGAUCUCGAAUCCCCCAGCGUAUGGCGCCCGGAUUGCCAGUCGGGUGUUGAAUGAUGAGGGGUUGUUUGCUGAGUGGGAGGAGGAUUUGAAGACUAUGAGUGGACGGAUUGUGGAGAUGAGGAAGGGGUUGAGGGAUCGCUUGGAGAAGAGGGGGACGCCCGGGAAGUGGGAACAUAUUACCGAGCAGAUUGGUAUGUUUAGUUUUACGGGCUUGACGGAGCCUCAGGUGAAGGUUUUGAGGGAGAAGUGGCAUGUUUAUAUGACUAAGAAUGGCCGGAUCUCAAUGGCCGGGCUCAACUCGCAUAACCUGGAUUACUUUGCCGAGGCAGUGGAUAGUGUCGUGCGGGAGACUUCAUAGACGAUGCAACGCAAUGUGUACUGGUAUCAUGCUAUAUACUCCAGUAGAAAGACUGGACUUGAACCCAAAGGAAACAACCUUCGCAUAUAAAAUCAACACAAGAUAAACAAUGAAGAUAAAUUAAAAAGCAAGAUCCCACACCACCAACCACGUACACAAUCCCACGGUGCCCCAGAACACCGCCUGCGCGGCACUCCGUCUCUCCGUCGCGCGUUUCAACUCUUUAUUGCCCUCCCCGAUGUUUCCCCGCGUGUUACUGGCAUCUGUGACCAAUUGUCCAAUGUAUUCUUCUUGCGUCGCGAGAUGCGAUACGAGGGUUUGUUGGAGGGAGGAGAUUUCGAGGAGGGAUUUUUCCGCAUUCCUACAUCACCCACAUAUUAGCCUCAUACCAAUACCAAGCAACACAAAGAUAUGAAUAGGGGAGAGGGAAAAAGGUUGGAUGGACAUACUGAACCUUCCCUACCACAUCCUCAAAAUACC